AUGUCGCCGACGGCGGUAGAAGCAGAUUUACACGAUCCGACCAGUCGCUCGUAUAGAAAGGCGUUGCGAAAGCAUAUCAAGACAACGAAGAAACGGGACCCCCAGGUCAGUCAAGACUGGACACCCUUUCGCGCCGCAGAGAAGCGAUACAAGGCCCGCUUUCCACCACCAAAUCUCGACGACGUGCUCGAUUUGGCUGCUCUGGAUGAUGACCGCGAACUAGGAUGCUGGAGGGGCAAUCCACGCGCUAUUGAAACGGAAGCAUUCGACGCUGGGAGUAGACGAGGCUACACCGUGCCGUCUAUCCCUGGGCUCGUGCUGUUGCCAUCAUUCAUAUCUGCACCUGAGCAAAGGAAUCUCGUGAAAUGGGCUUUGCGAGAUCACGCCCGCCAUCCAAACCCGACCAACCUUGACGCACACUAUGACAUGCCCACAGAUGGGCUCUGGAACACGUAUCUGGCCGAUCCGGAGAGUACAGCACCCAUAAACCUUCUUGCGUCAACGUUUACGGCGCCUCCACCGUCCUCGGCAUCUCCGUCCGGACCACGAGAACUCGUAUCUAACCCUCCUGCCUCUCCCUCGUCUCUUCCGGAGCUGCUUUCGAUCCCCAAGCCCGCGCCGGCUCCCUCCCUUACGGUACCACCACUUCCGGCCUCGCAGCUGCUCCCGAAGCUGAGAUGGGCGAACAUCGGCUGGUUUUACCAUUGGGGGACCAAACAGUACGACUUUACCAGAGGAAAAGGCGAAAUCGCGACACCGGUGCGGAAGCUCUGCAAAGACGCUGUUGCGAGCGUGCCUUGGGAGAACAUCUUUUCAGGCGUCCAUUUGGACUGGGGUGCAGAAGGGGAGGAUUGGAAGGAUUGGAAUCAUACAUACGAACCCGACGCGGGUAUCGUGAAUUUCUACCAGACGAACGAUACGCUGAUGGCUCACGUCGAUCGCUCCGAAGUCUGUGCAACGUCGCCUCUCGUUUCAAUCUCACUCGGGUGCGCAGCCAUAUUCCUCAUCGGCUCUGCAACUCGAGACGAUCCCCCGACGCCCAUUCUACUGCGUUCCGGUGAUGUUGUAAUUAUGUCCGGACCCCGAUGCCGUCGAGCCUAUCAUGGUGUCCCUCGCAUCCUAGACGCAAGCUUACCCGCGCAUCUUUCGGCGCCUACCGCUUCUGAAAACGAGGAUGAAGAAUGGCUUCCGUACGCGCGGUACCUCCGUACCACCCGGAUAAACGUUAACGUGCGACAAGUGUUCCCCAAGGGCUUCGAUCCCAGCGCUGUACUGGGGCCUUGUCUGGCAACACUUGACGUUCAGGACGCCCAUAACCGGUGAACCGCUGCAAUUGUCGGCAGAUGCGCAUGAGGGAACGGGUGUAGAAAGACGGGGGUUCAAUUGGCAUGGAUUCACCACCUCGUCGAUCCUGAAUGAUCACUGGCCUUGGUUUCUGGUGGACGGUGGGGCAUCGUUUGGCCUUGUCGUGGCAAGUCACGGCCCCAAUGUGACCAUGCCUUUCUAUUCAACCCAGGGGCAACGGUGGCCAUGGCUUGGGGCUCUUUUCGGCGGCUGAGAUCCAGGCUUCGUGGGCCAACAAACCAGGGUUGUGGCAUUCUUGACUUCGAAUUAGGCCACGCCCGUCGCAUUCAGCGCAUUGUCGCAGGCUUUGCAUGCGGGACACGAUCAGCGGACGCUAUAGCGGAUUGCAACGUUGUUGAGAGACUGUCCACCACGCAUUUCCCGUUGCUUUGCGGCUCGACAAGAUAUAAACUCCCGCCUUCUUCUAGCAUUCCCCUACCUAUCCCCUAUAUCGUUAACGCGAGGACAACAUGGAGAACUGCCCAUUCUUCCAGCCUCGAGCCCGACCGCCUCUGCCACCCUUUGUAUUCAACCCCCCUUCGCCGAGGAGUGUAUCCGACAUCUCUUCGCCGGGAUCGUCAGUCACAAUGACAACAGAGCCGGACAAUUACUUCGAUCCCCAUGUCUCGCCGCAAAUUACCUUCGAGCAGGGGCGGUCUGUGUCGUACACGCCGCCAUACACGCCAACUUACACACCAAGGGCUGCAUCCACACUUCGCAACUCGAUCACGCCGAGCGAAUUCAUCGAGAACGGAACGAGACACGCCGCUCAACUGAGGUCAAAAUCCAGCCGGGCCUCACUAGGACGGCGUACGUCCGGUCUCAGUCUACAGCAGCACGCCAUGAAGAACCAGGCUUGCAAACAUUCAAGUCGGGAACUCUCGUCGCGACAGCGAUCUGCAGGGGCUAGUCCGUACCCCGACGCGCCUGCGUUGGCCGUCUCACCCGCGAGCACUCCGACGUCAAACAACGAAUUGAUGUUCACCAACCUGCCCCGUGCUCAGUUCGUACCACUCACGCAAGAAAAUCUAUUGGUGCAUGAGCAGAACAUCUCCAGUCGCCUUUACUCCCAACAUGCGCCUUCCCACGACAAGCGCAAGAUGGUGUAUGAAGCCUUUCGUUCUGCCGUGCAGAAGGACCCCGUCCCCCGAAACACGAGGUCUGAAUCGCUUGAAGCCUGGGACUGCGU